AUGGCGGCACUGAUCACCAGCGUUCUGGCCUUGCUGGCUGCUCCAGCCCUGGCAGACUUGUUUCCUGACUGUGUGCAUGGGCCUCUGUCCAACAACACCGUAUGUGACACCAGCGCACCAGCUGUGGCACGAGCACAAGCUCUCGUCGCCGCUUUGACUAUCGAUGAGAAGUUCAAUUUGACAGGAAACACCUCACCUGGUGUACCGCGACUAGGCCUGUACAGUUACCAGUGGUGGCAGGAGGCGUUGCAUGGCGUCGCCAGCUCCCCAGGAGUCAACUUUAGCAGUUCCGGAGACUAUUCUCACGCGACGUCGUUCCCGCAGCCCAUCACCAUGGGUGCGGCUUUCGAUGAUGCAUUGAUCCACGCGGUUGCAACUGUUGUCAGUACCGAGGCGCGAGCCUUCAACAACGCGAACAGGAGCGGAUUGGACUACUGGACUCCAAACAUCAACCCCUAUAAAGAUCCUCGAUGGGGAAGAGGACAAGAAACUCCAGGCGAAGAUCCGUUCCACCUCAAAUCGUACGUUGCUCAGCUCAUCGACGGACUCCAGGGCGGCCACGACCCGCCGAUCAAGAAGGUGGUGGCCACUUGCAAGCAUUUCGUUGCCUACGAUCUCGAAAUGUGGGAGACGAACGAUCGAUACAACUUUGACGCCAUUGUCACAACGCAAGAUCUAGCAGAGUAUUACAUGCAGUCAUUCCAGACGUGUGCUCGGGAUGCUGCCGUAGGGUCUAUUAUGUGUUCAUACAAUGCUUUGAACGGUGUACCCACGUGUGCCGACCCAUACAUCCUCCAGGACAUUCUCCGAGAUCACUGGAACUGGACCGGCGAUGGACACUACGUGACAUCGGACUGCGAUGCUAUCCAGAACAUCUAUGCUCCUCAUUACUAUGCCCCGACUCAGCAGCAGGCCGUGGCUGACGCUUUGAUUGCGGGUGCGGACUUGAAUUGUGGCACAUACUACCAAACAUGGCUCCCACGAGCCUACGAUCAAGGUCUCUUCAACGAAACGGUCAUCGACCAAGCCCUCGUCCGCCUGUACACGGCCCUCGUGAAAUUGGGCUACUUUGACCCUGCGUCCGCCACUCCGUACCGCUCCCUGGGCUGGUCCGAUGUAUCGACGCCGGACGCUGAAGCCCUCGCCCUCAGAGCGGCCGAGGAAGGCAUCGUCCUCAUCAAAAACGACGGCACUCUUCCCCUACAACUCCCCACCGACCACAACACCACCAUCGCGUUGCUCGGCAGCUGGGCCAACGCCACGACCAUGAUGCAAGGCAACUACUACGGCGUCGCACCCUACCUGCACUCGCCGCUCUACGCCGCUCAGCAACUCCCCAACGUCAACGUGGUGUAUGGCGGCGGAUUCGGCGUGCCCACGACGGACGGGUGGGAUGAACUGCUCGGGGCCGCCGAGGAAAGCGACAUCAUCGUCGUCGCCGACGGCAUCAGCAUCGCCGACGAGUCCGAGGGGAUGGACCGGUACACGAUCGACUGGCCGCCCGCGUCCAUCGACCUCAUUUCCCAGUUCGCGAGCAUGGGCAAGCCGGUGGUCGUGUUGCAGAUGGGAGACCAGAUCGACAACACUCCCUUGCUGACCAACCCCAACAUCUCGGCCAUCGUCUGGGGUGGGUACCCGGGCAUGGCGGGCGGCGACGCCCUCAUCAACGUCCUGACGGGGAAGUACGCCCCCGCCGGUCGCCUCCCCGUCACCCAGUACCCCACCAACUACGUCGACCAGAUACCCCUGACGGAUAUGGCGCUGCGUCCGAACAAGACCUCGGGGUCCCCCGGCAGGACGUACAUCUGGUACGAGGACUCCCCCGUCGUGCCCUUCGGGUUCGGCAUGCACUACACCAAUUUCAGCGUGUCGGCGGGCCAGACGAGCUCGUCGACCUACGACAUCUCCCAGCUCGUGUCCGGGUGUGACGGCAGCCAGUACCCUUACAAGGACCUCUGCCCGUUCGAGACGGUCAACGUGACCGUCGCCAACACGGGCAAGGUGACGUCCGACUUCGUCGCCUUGGGCUUCAUCAGUGGCCAGCACGGUCCCCAGCCGUACCCGAACAAGCAGCUCGUCGCGUACGAGAGGCUGUUCAACGUCUCCGCGGGCGCGUCGGCCGGCGCCAGUCUGAACUUGACGCUGGGGAGUCUCGGGAGACGUGACGAGGAUGGCAAUCUGGUCUUGUACCCCGGGGAUUACGGCGUCUUGAUCGACGUGCCCACCCAGGCAAUGGUCAAUUUCACCUUGACCGGGUCUCAGGCCACGUUGGACCAGUGGCCUCAGAGACCGAGUCAGGGAUAA